AUGGUGUCGGAGAGGCAGCAGCAGCAGGCGGCGGCGGCGGGGAAGGUGGCUGCCUUCAACCUCGCGGAGGCCGGCUUCGGCGACCAGGCGGAGCUGCUGGACGACGACGGGCGCGAGAGGCGCACGGGGACGCUGGUGACGGCGAGCGCGCACAUCAUCACGGCGGUGAUCGGGUCGGGGGUGCUGUCGCUGGCGUGGGCGAUCUCGCAGCUGGGGUGGGUGAUCGGCCCCGUGGUGCUGCUGGCCUUCUCCGCCAUCACCUGGUUCUGCUCCAGCCUCCUCGCCGACUGCUACCGCGCGCCCGACCCCGUCCACGGCAAGCGAAACUACACCUACGGCCAGGCAGUCAGGGCAUACCUGGGGGUGUCCAAGUACCGGUUGUGCUCACUGGCGCAGUACAUCAACCUGGUGGGCGUCACCAUAGGCUACACGAUCACCACUGCCAUCAGCAUGGGGGCGAUCAAGCGUUCCAACUGCUUCCACAGCAAGGGGCACGGCGCCGACUGCGAGGCGUCCAACACCACCAACAUGAUCAUCUUCGCGGGCAUCCAGAUCCUGCUGUCGCAGCUCCCCAACUUCCACAAGCUCUGGUGGCUCUCCAUCGUCGCCGCCGUCAUGUCCCUCGCCUACUCCUCCAUCGGACUCGGACUCUCCAUCGCAAAGAUCGCAGGUGGGGUGCACGUGAAGACGUCGCUGACGGGUGCCGCCGUGGGGGUUGACGUCACCGCGAGCGAGAAGAUAUGGAAGACGUUUCAGUCCCUGGGAGACAUCGCCUUCGCCUACUCCUACUCCAACGUCCUCAUAGAAAUCCAGGACACGCUGCGGUCGAGCCCGCCGGAGAACGUGGUGAUGAAGAAGGCGUCCUUCAUCGGCGUGUCCACGACCACCACGUUCUACAUGCUGUGCGGCGUCCUCGGCUACGCGGCGUUCGGCAACGACGCGCCGGGGAACUUCCUCACGGGGUUCGGCUUCUACGACCCGUUCUGGCUCAUCGACGUCGGCAACGUCUGCAUCGCCGUGCACCUCAUCGGCGCCUACCAGGUCUUCUGCCAGCCCAUCUACCAGUUCGUCGAGGCCUGGGCGCGGUCCCGCUGGCCCGACGCCGCCUUCCUCAACGCCGAGCACACCGUCGCCGGCGGCCGGUUCUCGGUCAGCCCGUUCCGCCUCGUGUGGCGCACCGCCUACGUCGUUGUCACCGCGCUCGUCGCCAUGGUGUUCCCCUUCUUCAACGACUUCCUCGGGCUCAUCGGCGCCGUCUCCUUCUGGCCGCUCACCGUCUACUUCCCCAUCCAGAUGUACAUGGCGCAGGCCAAGACGCGCCGAUUCUCGCCGGCGUGGACGUGGAUGAACGUGCUCAGCUACGCCUGCCUCUUCGUCUCGCUGCUCGCCGCCGCUGGCUCCGUCCAGGGGCUCGUCAAGGACCUCAAGGGCUACAAGCCCUUCAAGGUCUCCUAA